UUAUCAAACAUUGUGAAUUGCCAAACUUAAAACACGUCACAGUAUAAUAUUAUAUUAAUUAAACUUUAUUGCAUACUGCUUAUUAUCCAGAAAGACAAUCAAAAAAAUAAUUUUGACUCAGAUAAAAAACAUAACAUUUUGAUAAUAUUUAACAGUGCUGAAAUUAGUUCAAUUUCGCAAUAUUUAACAGGAAACUGUUAUCCGUUUUUGCGUAGGAAACGAAGCUUAAAUCUUUUACAAAUGGACCCAGUAAUGGAAGAGGAUCAAGGGUGGGCGAUGUACAACCCGUUCACUUUCGUAUUCCAAUUGCUUGCAAACUACGGCUGGUACCUCGUGGGAGCGACUGGCGCUUCCAUCUAUCUGAUUCAUAAAGUAAAACCAAAGUAUGAUAGCUGGAAGCAGGCAAGAGAAGAUGCUGAGUACCAUAAAGAUCCAGAUAAGUCGCUGUCCCGCAUGGAGGCGAUACAGCGCGCCCGCGAGCGACAGCAGGAGAUGCUGGAGGCGGCCUCGCUUAGGGCGUUAGAGCAACAGAGGGAGCGUGAAGAAAAGAAGCGCCAGGAAGCGCUGGAGCGGCUGGAAAAGUACGGCUCCAAGAGCGGCGACCGGCUCGGCUCUGUGGAUGAGGAUUACUUGCCGCUGAGUGGAGGCGCGUCCACCUCCUCGUACCGACCUCCCAAACGGUCCGCCUGCUCCCGGGGGGGCUGCGGGCGGUAGGGGAGACGAAAACUAAUAACGAAACAUAUAUUAUUUUAAUUGUUAUAAUAUUAAUUCUGACUGUUGUACACAAUGUCUAUAAAUUAACAUUUAGAGCAUGACCCACCAUGAUGCUUUGUAGCGGGUUUGUGGAUAUCAAAAAAAUUUAAACAAUCUCGUAAUUUAUUGUAAUUAGCCAGGAAUAAAUGAUUUAUCUAUCUCUUUCGCUCCCAUGCGUUAGAGAGAGAUGGUUAUGUCCAAUAUGUAUAUUGUACUGGAGAGUGGUCUGCAGAAUAUAAUAUAUAUAAUUAUAUAUAUAUAAAAGUUUUUUUAGCUAAAGUUACUUAAUGUGAAAUAUACAAGUUGUAAUUCUAUUAAUAAAUAUAUAACACAAUAA